AAAAUGGGCCUAUUGUUCUUUCCCCUGAGAAAUUCACUCGAAUGCUCAUGUGUUCUUUCAGAACUACGCGGUUCAAAUAUCGUUAGAAUUAGGAAAUUCUUGGUAUACGGAAAAAAAAUAACCGGGUCUUUUUUGUUUCAGGUCUUCGCUGUCCUCGCCUGCUUGAUCGCAGCCGCCGCCGCCGGCGCCCCUUACGCCUCCUACCUGGGCCCCUCCACCCUCGUGAGGGCACCCCAGUUCGACAGCGCCGUCGUGAGCCACGAGCGCCUGGGCGGCAACUUCGCCUACAAGAGCGUCGAGGCCCCCGCCUACGCCCAGGUCGCCCCCGUC